AUGUCAUAUACCCUGAACUUCUGUCUGAAGUCACUCUUGCCGGAGAAUACCGAUUCCUUCUUUCGUUAUGACGGUAGCCUGACCACACCAGGAUGCAACGAAGUCGUCACGUGGACGGUCUUCGCAGAGCCAAUCACUAUUGCACCACUGCAAGUAAGUACCCUACCAAGUGUGCUGCACCCUAUCUCUAAAGGCAAACGCGGAAAAGGAAUCUGCCCUAAUGGGGCGCGUUAA